ACUUCCUUGUUUUUCUGUCAGUUGUCAAACACACUUAACCUCAGAAAACCACGUGAAUGUUUUUCGAGUUGUAAUUUCGCGUAAUUUAAGUGCAAAAUGUUAAAAAGUGCUCUUUUGGCGAAGCUCCAGAAGUCCAAUUCACCAAAAUCGGCCCCUAAAACCAAAACCAAGAAAUUAAAAAAUGGGGCCCCCAUUGAGGAAGCACCAAAAGUCAAGCGACGAGACUCCACAGUCAAGGUAGAAACACCUAAACUCAAAUCGCGCCGCAAAUCAAUAGUGCCCCCUUCUGACUUUGACGAAGAAAUCUGCGAAUUGGGGGCGAAGUUCCGCGUGGACCCCGCCAAUGUCCGUAAAGGCCUCCAAGGCCUGAUUAAAUUCACGUCUGAAAAUCCAAAAUUGAAAAACAAACUUUUCGACGACGAACAAUUCCCCAUUUUUUUGCAAAUAAAUAGCGUUAAAGUCGCGAAAGGGCACCCGAAAAUUGUCCGAAUCCCCCUUAAACACUCAAUACACACUCCUGAUAGUGAAGUUUGUUUGAUUGUCCCGGACGUUAAAGGAAUUCCGAAUAAAAACCACGAGGAACAUUUGGAACACUACGAAAAAUUGUUGAGACAGAAGGGGGUUAACAAUAUUAAGAAAGUGAUGACUUUUCACGAGUUCCGGACCGAGUAUGAGACUUACGAAUUGCGGAGUCGUUUGGUGGAAUUGUACGACGUUUUCCUAGUUGAUGGGAAAAUAAGCGGGAAAACGGUGCGAAAGUGCGGAAAAAUUUUCUACAAGAAGCGUAAAGUUCCGACUUCUGUUAAAUUACAAGUUACUAAAUUGAAGGAACACAUUGAGCAAACGCUGAAAAAGACUCCGCUUUAUCUGCACGCGAAAGGGGACAGUUUUAUGGUGCAGAUAGGGCACAGUAAGAUGCAAGUGGACGAAUUGGUUGAGAACUGUUUUUAUAUUUUCAAAGGAUUGGAGAAGGAUUUUUAUGGGGGCUUUGGGAAUGUGAGGAGUGUGAAUUUGUACGCCCAUCGGGGGUUGACAAUUCCCAUUUACACAACAUUGAAAAACCAGAAUAAAGUGGAAAUCCCCAAAGUUGCGAAAAAAACAGUCGUGGAAACUGUCUCAGGGGAGUUAUCCACAAGAUUGAAUUCUGGUGUCACAGUUGAGCCCACCGGCGAAGUCACAGUCUACAAACUGAACGAGACAAAGAAAAGGAAGAGGAAAAAUACAGACGAGGAGGAUUAAAAUAACCGAUUCUUAAUAAAAUGUCUUUAAUAAUAUAAACAAUAAGGAAUACAUAAUUAAUACAAAACUGAAAAUAAAAGCCCAAAAUCAGUCUC